GCCGAACGAAACAACACUCGGCUCUUAUUGGAACAUCUGGAAUGCCUUGUGUCCAGACAUGAAAGAUCGUUACGAGUAACGGUGAUGAAACGGCAAGCACAGAGUCCGGCUGGAGUAUCUUCUGAAGUGGAAGUUUUAAAAGCUUUGAAGAGUCUUUUUGAGCAUCACAAAGCCUUAGAUGAAAAGGUUAGGGAGAGGUUGCGGGUAGCUAUGGAACGUGUGGCGAUGCUAGAGGAGGAGGUCACUUCGAAGGGUGAAGAGAAUUCGGGACUUAAGGCUAGACUUGCUAUGGUUGCAGCUGAAGCUGAAGAGGCUGAGGACACGAGGUCCGACAUCCCUUUCGUUCAGAGCUUUCGUGAGGAAGCUGACCAUCUCGUUGGCGGCCGUCCUGGAGUUCGCCUGACGUCCCGAGGGAUCCAGUUCAGUAACCGCCCCGGUCCAACGGUCAUCACUGUAUCGCAUAGCCCCAGCCCACCUGAUCUUCGACUUCUUGGCGUAAUCAACGACGGCCCUGAUCGUCGUUUGUUGAAGGAGCUCGGAACUCCAGAUUCCCUUCUGCACUUGCGUGUAUAA